GGGCCGGUUCCAAACAUAACGCGCUGUGGAAAACAUGCAGCUCGGGGGACCCCCCCCCACCCCCGCAGCCCCCGCUCGGGGCCGAGCCCUGCGGGGCCCCCAGAGCAGCCCAGACCUCGUGCAGAUUUGCGAGGGCCCCCAGAGCCCGUCCAGGAGCACAAAACCCCCCUCUCCUAGGCCCGCCGCGCCUUCGGGGGUUCAGGGCUCCCCUCGGCCGAGGUACCCUGACUCUCCAAGGCGCGCCGCGCUGAGAGCCCUUCCCCCCUUCGCGAGCCACCUCUGGAUCAGGCGGCGUCCGCCCUCCCCCGAAGCCCUCGGCCCCGCCCCACGCCGUCAGGCAGCCUCUCUGGCCGGGAUAAGCCGCGCCCUCCUGAGGGCCUCCCCCGGCUCUCCACUGCGAUCCGCCUGAGGGGCUGGGGGCGGAUCCGCACAGUGGAGGGCGGAAGCGCAGGGGGAGGUGCUUCCGGGACAGAGGGCGGGCAAGAUGGCGGCGCCCAUGGAGCUGUUCUGCUGGUCAGGGGGCUGGGGCCUGCCCUCAGUGGACCUGGACAGCCUGGCCGUGCUGACCUAUGCCAGAUUUACUGGUGCCCCACUCAAGGUGCACAAGAUCACCAACCCCUGGCGGAGCCCUUCAGGAACUCUGCCUGCCCUUCAGACCAGUCAUGGAGAGGUCAUCUCAGUACCACACAAGAUCAUCACCCACCUUCGAAAAGAGAAGUACAAUGCUGAUUAUGAUCUGUCAGCCCGGCAAGGAGCAGACACUUUGGCCUUUAUGUCUCUGCUGGAGGAGAAGCUGCUCCCGGUGCUGAUACAUACUUUCUGGGUAGACGCCAAGAACUAUGUGGAAGUAACCCGGAAGUGGUACGCAGAGGCUAUGCCCUUUCCCCUCAACUUCUUCCUGCCUGGCCGCAUGCAGCGGCAGUACGUGGAGCGGCUGCAGCUGCUGUGUGGGGAGCACAGGCCAGAGGAGGAGGAAGAGCUGGAGAAGGAGCUGUACCAGGAAGCUCGGGAAUGCCUGACCCUUCUCUCUCAGCGCCUGGGCUCUCAGAAAUUCUUCUUUGGAGAUGCCCCCGCCUCCCUGGAUGCCUUUGUCUUCAGCUACUUGGCCCUGCUGCAGCAGGCGAAGCUGCCCAGUGGGAAACUGCAGGCCCACCUGCGGGGGCUGCACAACCUCUGUGCCUACUGCACCCAUAUCCUCAGCCUGUACUUCCCCUGGGAGGGAGCUGAGGUGCCACCUCCACGCCAGACACCAGCAAACCCAGAGACUGAGGAGGAGCCAUAUCGGCGCCGGAACCAGAUCCUAUCCGUGUUGGCGGGGCUGGCAGCCAUGGCGGGUUAUGCCUUGCUCAGUGGCAUUGUCUCCAUCCAGCGGGCACCACCUGCCCGGGCCCCACGCACACGGGCCCUGGGCAUGGCUGAGGAGGUUGAAGAGGAAUGAUUUAUCCUCAUGCUCCCAGGACUGAUUUUUCUACUGUCAUGCAUUCCAGAGGCUCCUGUGUUUCCCCAUUGUUGGUAUGGCUGGAAAUGGGGUCCCACCCCCAGAAUAAAACUGCUCACACUGACUGGGAUCAGACAUUCUCUCCUUUAAGAGGCUGCCAUUUUUCCUCGCUGGACCAAGGGGGCUAUCUGGGUGCUUGAGUCUACCCACUGGUGCUUGACUUCUUUCACUGCCUGUGCCCUGG